GGGGGCACUUCCGCUUCCUGGUGCGAGGGGGUCAGCGAGGGGGGUGGUUAGGUUACCCUCUUUUCUUUCUGGACAACCGGCCCGUUGCCGUUGCUGCUGCUUCUCCCGCCAUGUCGCCUGUCGCCGAGGUCGGCUUCGCAGAGGCUUCGUCACGUCAUUGAAGACGGCAGAAGAACGAACUAAGAUUCCACUCAACGGCGCAUUUUGAAAAGAGCCGCAUCCAUGGAAGAAGUACAAGACUUAGCAGAACAGCCUAUGAAAAAAGCCAAGAUGCAGGAAUCAGGGGAACAGAUGUUAAGGCAAGUGAACAGCACAGAUGGUAGCGAUCAGAAACCCGAGUCCUCAAGCCUUGGCGCAAACCUGUCUAUGUCCAACGAAAUUAUGCAAUGCUCUGAUUACAUCUCAAGGUCACCGAAUGAAUAUACCUCACAGAUGUAUUCUGCAAAGCCAUAUGCACAUAUCCUUUCCGUACCUGUAUCAGAAACGAUGGCCUCUUACUCUGGCCAGACUCAGUACCAAGCGCUACAGCAGUCGUCUCAGACGUAUGCCGUGUAUCCUCAGACAACCCAAGCCUAUGGACUACCUCCUUUCGGUGCACUGUGGCCAGGUAUGAAACCUGAGAGUGGUUUAAUUCAGGCUCCAUCUCCAAGUCAGCACAGUGUUCUUACCUGCACUACAGGCUUAACCACAAGCCAGUCCAGCCCAGCUCAUUAUUCUUACCCUGUUCAAGCUUCAAGUACCAACGUGAACUCAGUUUCCACCUCCUCAGCAGCUGUCAAUAUUUCAUCAUCUGCUGUAGCCAGCAUCUCUCAACAGGAGUAUCCUACAUACACCAUCCUCGGCCAAAGUCAAUACCAGCCAUAUUUCUCAAGUUCUAGCUUUGGAGUGAUAGCACCAGCAGACAGCAGCACGGAGAGUUCCACCUUAGCAACAACCACGUAUCCUUCUGAAAAACCAAACGCCAUGGUGCCUACUCAGACAGCACAGAGACAUUCCGCUGGAGACCCAUCAACAAGUCCGUCAUUGCUACGAGCGACCGCUAGUAAAGAUCUAGACGAGCAGUCUAGGAAAAACGUGACAGGGAAAAACAGAGGCAAGAGGAAAGCAGACUCUUCCUCGCCGCAGGACAACGAACUGGAAAGAGUGUUCCUAUGGGACUUGGACGAAACCAUCAUAAUAUUUCAUUCUCUUCUUACUGGAUCGUAUGCCCAAAAAUAUGGGAAGGAUCCAACUCUAGUGAUCGGCUCUGGUUUGACAAUGGAGGAAAUGAUUUUUGAAGUGGCUGAUACGCACCUGUUUUUCAACGACUUAGAGGAAUGUGACCAAGUCCACGUGGAAGACGUUGCAUCUGAUGACAACGGGCAAGAUUUAAGUAACUAUAAUUUUGCCACGGAUGGCUUCAGUGGUGCAGGAAGCAACGGCAACCAUGGUUCAGUGGGAGUCCAAGGCGGAGUGGAUUGGAUGAGGAAACUGGCUUUCCGCUAUCGGAAAGUGCGCGAGGUCUAUGACAAAUACAAGAACAAUGUGGGAGCCCUCCUCAGCCCAGAGAAGAAGGAAGCAUUGCAAAGACUACGGGAAGAUAUAGAAGUGUUAACAGAUAACUGGCUGGGAACAGCACUGAAGUCCCUACUUCUCAUCCAGUCCAGGAAGAAUUGUGUGAAUGUUCUCAUCACCACCACUCAGCUAGUGCCAGCUCUGGCCAAGGUCCUGCUGUACGGAUUAGGCGAAGUGUUUCCGAUUGAGAAUAUUUAUAGUGCAACAAAAAUAGGUAAAGAGAGCUGUUUCGAAAGAAUCGUCUCUCGAUUUGGGAAGAAGGUGACGUACGUGGUGAUCGGAGAUGGGCGUGACGAAGAGAUGGCAGCCAAGCAGCACAACAUGCCUUUUUGGAGGAUCACGAACCACGCUGACCUGGUGUCCCUUCACCAGGCUCUUGAGCUGGACUUUCUGUGAGACCAACAGCAACUUUGGCGUGCAGCUCCCCGGACAGCCCCACUCAGCUUACCAAGAGCCUUCUUGGGGACUGACUCUGUUUUGUUUCAUCAAGAAGAAACCUAGCUAGUGGAAGUGCACAGUAGGAGGCGCCACCCCAUUGCUUUCUCCAGGACAGCUGCCAGCUGUGUGGUGAGAGUGCCUCCCGGUAAGCCAUGGUCACCUUGGCGCAUCGUUUCAGGAGCUUUAAUCGUCCUCUGUUUUGGGUGAAGGGAAUUUCUGAGACUGAACAGGGAGUGUCCUGGGCGGGGAAUCUCCAGCAGCAAAGACCUAACUCACUGUGCGGCCUUUUUGUCGUAUUAUGAUAAAAAAAAAAAUAAUGAAAAAACUUUUGUAGAGUAAUUUUCAUCACCUCCUGGCUCCCCUCUAGCUUUCUGAAACAAAAAGGAAGUUGAAUAGAUGUUUAUUUUUGUAUAGGAAAAAAAAGGUUCCGUAACUUUCCCUUCUUGCAGAAGCUCAAAACAGCAGCAGCACGUAGAUGUUCACCAGGAGGUCAUGCAACUACUUCUGUGUGCUGGGAGAAGAGGCGGGAGGUGGGUGGAAAGAGCUGCUCCUCCAUGCCAGUCUGCCAGGGGCAGAUGACAGCAUGGCUGAUUCCUUUCGUAAUCAGCACCAUGACGGGGUGGCUGUAAGGUGGCACCCAGAUCCUUCUGAGCAUCUUUCUCCAGUGAAUGCCUGUUUGACUACCAAACUCAAGAGUACUCUGGCAGGAUAGAAUGUGGCUGAUGGGAAUUUCCUGAGCAACAGAAGAGGAAAUGACUGGUCCAUAGCCACAUUUUGGAUGUCCUGAUUUCAUCCCUGUUUCCAUCACCCUUGCUCCAUGCAUACAGCAGAAGGAAAGCCCCCUUUUAAUUUUUUUAAAAACAAUUUGGCACUGCUACAGCUGUAUGAGGCACAGGAAUCCAGUCAGGAAAGCAUCCUCUUUUCCUUCACACAGCAGUCUGCCUUCUUACCCUAGCGAGAGUCCAAUCCAGUCGUUCUCCGUGGAGUCAUUAACAUUUGCAGCUUCCUGGGUGGGGGGAGAAGCUGGACAGAAUGGGAGCCAGGGGUUUGGCGUCUCAGAGGACACAUCUGGGAGAAGAAAUAGCAAGCUCAAAAGCCAGUUCCCUUGGUAAGGAAGUAGGGAUGCAUACUUUCUCCGGCUGAAUUGAACACUGAUUUGCACAAUGGCAUCAACUGCAGAUUCUAACAGGGGCAGAUAAAUUCACUUGAGAAAGACCACCCUGCCGCUGAUCUGCUUGCAUAGUCUUCUUCCUGCUUGAUGGUCCCUGGCCUGCGAACUCUUGAUGGAGUAAAACAGACCCAACAAGGAGUCAGAACAAGAACUCCUUUGCUUUGGGGGAUAAACUGUGCUGUCUCUGACUAGGCAGUGUGGUGGUGAUGUUUCAGAAGCACAGUGGCGUGGAUCACCUCCCUCCCUCCCCCGCCCCAGCAUCGUAUCACUGCAUCAAGCAAAGUUUGAAGCCUUCUUCCAACUUGAGUGGCUUUUCCAUUGGAGGAAGAGCCAACUUGGAGAAAGUUUCUUCAGGCUGAAAGAAGGGUCCUUGGAGGAUAUUUGGAUCCACCCAAGUGACAACCUAGAGUUGAUUCUGUGCAGGGAUGUGAGCACCCUGAAAAAAGUCUCUCUGCCUUCUUGCAAAUUGCCUUGUUUCCAUGUAUUUUUAGGCAGCCAGCAUCUCUUCAAAGUUAGUUGAAAGUCCAUAGCAGGUCCUGAGCUGAAUAAAAGUGCACCACACCUCAGGAACAAAGGCAACUUCUACUAUCGCAUACAAGUUGAACUUCUACUAUCGCAUACAAGGAGAUUCUGUUCCCUACUUUUAUGCAUUUUUGCUGCUCUAUGCAGACAGGCAGGAUUUCUAGCUUGACUGGUCACUCCUGAGAUUCACAGCAGAGCCAUGAGUCAGCGUGAGCUUUGGGAAUCAACUCCGUGCCUUAACCUUCCACCUAAACCUCCUAUGAGUGAGCAGCUGUGUAAAGGGAGUUGCAGGCAGCCUUCAACCUUCCAAGUUAUUUAUUCCACCUUUAAACAAGGAAUGCUCUUGGUAGACAUAGCGGAUGGUGGUGCCAAGCACCUGGGGAAAGCAGAAGGCACUGCUCUGCAUUUUGGUUGGACUUAGAACUUUUCAAAAGCCAUCAGUACUGCAGCAAAUCUUUUCUGGGCUGUACAAAGGCUUGUUUUUGCACCAGAUGCCAGUAUUUAUACCGUGUCUCCUCCCUGCCCCCUGAUGUUAGUUGACUGAUUUUCCUCAGGUGACAGUUACAUUUUCAUGUUAAUAAAAGCUGUCCUGGUUCUUGUGUUACUAAACUCUCUGGCUGCGUUUCUCAUGGGUCUUCGUGAAGAAUUUGGAAAUCAUUUUUUGUCGCCUUCUCCUCAUUUUUAGUUCUUUUCUGCUGAUUUCUCCGUAUGGCGUUCAAGUGUGAACUGGUGCCUCUGUGAUGCAAAAGCAAACAGUUUCCUUUACCAAGCAGCUGUCCAGCUGGAGUUUGUUUUCAUUGCAACCUGAACUCUCUCCCACUGCCCCCAUUCCACCAAGUAAGAGGCAGGGGCUGCCACAGAGAUCCACACAUCUGCUGGUGUCUAAAAAUGCCGAUUCUCCCUCAGGGUUCCACAGACGACUAGUUUCAGGCAGAAUUGGCGUCUGCAGUGCUUGCAAUUUUGACAGGAGGGCAUUAAUGGCUGAAGACUCCUUGAACAUCAUGUUCUAUGUAAUGGGAAGUGUCCUGUGAACUGGAAAAAAAAUUAAAGUCUUUUAUUUUCUAUAAAAAAA